ACAUUCACCCACAGACCGAGGUACAGAACGAGAGACAACCUCUGCCCCCCCAGCAGCUGGCCAGCUUUGCAGCCCCAGUCUUGAGCCCCCAACUACCCUCCCCCCACCCACCCCCAUCCCCUUCCCAAUUGAAGGAGCGGAAAGAGAAGAGAGAAGAGUGAGCAGAGAGAUUGAGAGAUUGAGAGAGAGAGAGAGAGAUAGACGGAGAUCUCUGGAGCAGACCUCAAGUGCCUGUGCGAUGCAGAGCCUCACGAAGAACUGAAAACCAAGGAGAGGGCACUUGCAGAUGACGUUGCUCCCAUGGCAGCGUCUGUGCCCGUGGGCUUCUCUCUGUGGAAAAUGGUGGAGGCUGCUUCUGCCCCAGGAGGGAGAAACACCGACUCCCUGGCUUUGGCGCCAGAAGCCUGGAUCGGCUGCCAGGUGACUUCUAUUUCUAUCUGGUUCUCGUCUGGGGGGGCCCUGGCCGGGCAGCCCCCCAACACUUCUCCUGCCCUGAAACACGGCUCUAGCCAACCUGCUCCGCUGCUUCACCUGCGACCGUCUCUGCGGGGGCUGCACGGCGCCAGCCCCUCCAGCCCGCCAGGGCAUUGUCCUCCAGCCCGUCAUGCCCAGCUGUGACCCCGGUCCGGGCCCUGCCUGCCUCCCCACCAAGACUUUCCGCAGCUAUCUGCCCCGCUGUCACCGCACUUACAGCUGUGUCCACUGCCGUGCACACCUGGCCAAACACGAUGAGCUUAUUUCCAAGUCCUUCCAAGGGAGCCAUGGCCGAGCCUACCUGUUUAACUCCGUGGUCAACGUGGGUUGCGGGCCAGCUGAACAGCGCCUCUUGCUCACGGGGCUCCACUCGGUAGCUGACAUUUUCUGUGAGAGCUGCAAAACCACACUGGGCUGGAAAUAUGAACAAGCUUUUGAGACGAGCCAGAAGUACAAGGAAGGGAAAUACAUCAUUGAAAUGUCACACAUGGUGAAGGACAACGGCUGGGACUGAGGGGCUCAGGCAGGGUGUGCCCUUCCUCCGCAUGCCCCUCCCUCCCCACGGCCCUGCCAAGCAGUCUAUACCAGCAUGAGUACUGCCCCACCCCUGGGGGAAACCUGGCUCCAACCAACCCCUCCCCUGCCUCCACCAUAUCCACUACCAGGCACCCUUUGGAACAGGGGUCUGGGGGUACCCCAGGGGUGUUAAGGCUCAGGAGUGGGCAGCAGUCAGGGAGAGACAGAACUGGGGGAAAGGGAUGGUUGUGGGUCUUUCUGUUCCCAAGAUCCUGAACAUGGAGGCGAUGGCAGGGCGUAGACUCAGGCAGAGAGGAUUGUGGGAGGAAUCCGUUUUUGCUCCACCUCUUUUUGAGUGAACAGAGGACAAACCUUGGGUCACAGGGCAAGUAGAUCGUGGACCACAGAACAGCAGAUGAGAAAAGGCUUGGGUUGGAGUGAAAUUCUGGUCUCAGACACCAGGAGACCAGAGUCUCUGAGGAUGAAGUUUCCUCCCCCUAUUUGUAGGGAAAAGGACUUGAGUGCAGGGAAAACUCAAAUCCCAGGCCCUGGGAAAUAGUAAAGUAAUCAAAGGGUUUUCCAUUUCACUCCACUUGUUAGUUUAUCUUGGCACUGAAGAGGCACUUUCGAGUAUUUAACUUUUGCCAUUGGGUGGGGUGGGGACAGCUGCUCGCGGAACAGCCCCUAGUCGGCUGCUUCCAGAGUAAGCAGUCUUUAUGGGCUUUCUCUGAGGCCCAGUCACUGCUCCUGGGACCCAGUCCCCUGGAAGGGAGGUGGAAAAUCAGUGCUACGGGGCCAGUCUUUCCCGUGGCUGCCACCAGCGAAUGAAACUUUUGUAUGAUACAUAAAGUGCUUGAGUCUAUUUUUAAUAAAAAGGGAAAAAGCAACUUGA